GCGUGUCGGCAUGACAGCAGCGUCUCGCCUUUGUAAAUACGUGCUGCAGUUGUGUGUGUGCGCCGCUGGGCGAGUCUCUGCCGCUUCUGACUAGUAGCUCCCCUUUUUUCAGAGAAAAGAAGAGGAGAAUUAGGUCCGGGAGGAGGGCCGCCGCCAUUAUUGGGAAGCUGGAGAAAAAAACACUUUCACACACGCAAUCUCUGGUUAAAUUGAUCUGGACAUAACCGAUUUGUUGCAUUAGACUACUCCAGAGGAAACAAUGUACAGCAAUUGCAACAUACUCGACCGGUGUCCUGUGCAUGAUCGAUCCAGUAUAAUGUAGGCACAACAAUGGACUUAAUAAUUGGUCAAAAGCAACGUGGUGAUCCAAAGAGCGGACGGUGAAACAAGAUUUUUAUACGCCUUUCGUUUUUCCCAAGAGGACAAUAACUGAGGAGAAAAUACUGAAGGUUAUCGUUUUUACAUUUAUAGUUUUAUUACAAAGAAAACAAACAGCGUUAAAAACAUCCAAAUGCAGGCAUUUACAAACAAACAAACAACGCAUUGAUAAUUGCCUCUGAACAAUUGUGACCAUUUGCGAUUCGGACAACUCGUAGGCUAUUAUAUUUGUUUCCUUGUGCCCAUGCCUAUAAAGCGGCUAGGGCUGCGGCAAUCACUGGCCUGAUGCGAAGGGAGAAAGGCAGAAUGCGAUGGGUCAGAUCUGCAUCCGGAUUCAAACCUUUAGUUCAAGUUCCUAAAACCUAAUUGCCCACCCAACAAUCUCUCUGGUGCAUCAGUCACUUUAUGGACAUACAUCCAGGUGUACUCCCCUAUCCAGUGCCUGUGUAUGACAGGAUGAUCCCCAGCAGAUGAUGAUGAUGGCGAAAAAACAAGAUGCCCGGACUCCUAUUUAUAACCUCAACGUGGUGGGUUUGUCAGGGACGGAGAAAGAGAAAGGGCAAUGUGGAGUGGGCAAGUCGUGCCUGUGCAACCGCUUCGUGCGCCCUAGUGCCGAUGACUUCUAUCUAGACCACACGUCUGUGCUGAGCACCAGUGACUUUGGGGGACGAGUGGUCAACAAUGACCAUUUCCUGUUCUGGGGGGAAGUGGGGCGGGUUCUGGAGGAAGGGCCGGAGUGCAGGAUGCACGUGGUGGAGCAGACCGAGUUUAUUGACGACCAGACGUUUCAGCCUCACCGCAGCACUGCCAUGCAGCCCUACAUCAAGAGGGCGGCCUCAACCAAGCUAGCCUCCGCGGAGAAGCUCAUGUACUUCUGCACCGACCAAUUGGGUCUGGAGCAGGACUUUGAACAGAAGCAGAUGCCAGAGGGAAAGCUCCAGGUGGACGGAUUCCUGCUCUGCGUGGACGUCAGCAGGGGCAUGAAUCGCAACUUCGACGACCAGUUAAAGUUCGUCAGUAACUUGUACAGUCAGCUGAGCAAGACCAAGAAGCCCAUCGUGCUGGUCCUCACCAAGUGCGACGAGGGAGUCGAACGCUACAUCAAAGAUUCCCACACCUUCGCCAUCACGAAAAAGAGUCUUCCAGUGGUGGAGACGUCUGCACGCUCCAAUAUCAACGUGGACCUAGCCUUCCUCACUUUAGUGCAACUACUCGACAAGGGCAGGGGCAAGCCCAAGAUCAUCGGGUACUUUGAGGCCCUCAAGCUCCAGAGCCAGCAGAUAGCCUCCGCCAAGGACCGCUACGAAUGGCUCGUCAAUCGCAUAGUGAAGAACCACAACGAAACCUGGCCGAACACGAGCAGGAGGAUGAACACCUCCUCCGAGUACAAGGACUACGUCUUUUUGGAGGGCUCGGCGAAAUGCAAGAAGCUCUUCCAGCAACACGUCUACCGGCUGAAGCAGGAGCACAUCGAGAGGCGUCGGAAAAUCUACCUUAGCACUCUUCCUCUAGCACUUAGCUCCCUGGUGCCCGAUCUGGAUGAGAUCGACCAGCUCAGCUGGUCGGGGGUACAGAAGGUCCUGGAGUCCAAGCAGCACUUUACCCACUGGUUCGUGGUUCUGGAAGAGACUCCGUGGGAGGACACGGCGCACAUAGACAACGUGGAGGACGAGCGCAUCCCCUCAGACCUGCUGGAGACGCCGGUCGCCGAGUCCAUAUUCAACACCCACCUGGAGCACCUGCGCAACGAGUGCAAGCGGGCCGAGAUGAGACAAGAGUUCAAGCACAAGCUGGCCUCCUCCCUCUUCGUCACGCCCGGCAAGCCGUGGGAAGAGGCGCGCAGCUUCAUCAUGAACGAGGACUUCUACCAGUGGCUGGAGGAGCCCGAAUACCUGGAUCUCUACAACCGCCACCAGAAGGAGAUCAUUGACCGCGCUAAGGAGGACUUCCAGGAGUUGCUUCUGGAAUAUUCCGAACUCUUCUACGAGCUGGAGGUGGACGCCAAGCCCAGCAAGGAGAAGAUGGGGGCCAUCCAGGAGGUGUUGGGGGAGGAGCAGAGGUUCAAAUCCUUGCAGAAGCUUCCGGCAGAGAGGGAUGCCCUGGUGUUAAAGCAUAUCCACUUUGUCUACCACCCAACCAAGGAGACCUGUCCCAGUAGCCCACAGUGUGGAGACUUCAAGAUCGAACAGCUCCUAGCAUCACGCUUCCCGACAUGCUACCCCUUUUUCGAUAUGAAAUCCCACUUUGGGAACACCAAGGCUGACCGAAUCAACCUCGUAAUACUAGGAAAGGAUGGACUGGCAAGGGAGUUUGCGAAUGAGAUUAGGGCGCUCUGUACAAAUGACGACCGGUACGUGUUAGAUGGUAAGAUGUAUGAGCUGACCUUGAGACCUAUUGAGGGCAACGUACGUCUUCCCGUGAACUCCUUCCACACCCCCACCUUCACACCCCAUGGCUGCCUUUGUCUGUAUAAUUCAAAAGAGUCGCUGACGUAUGUGGUGGAGAGCAUCGAAAGGUUGAGGGAGUCAACUAUUGGUCGAAGGGACAGUCAGUUAGCCCAGCUUUUGACUUCCCUGCUCUUAGUCACCAAAAGGGGUGUUGGAACCUAUGCAGAUGUAGGAGGAGAAACUGCUUUGGCCCUCAUAACGCAAGGACAGCAGGUAGCCCGGAGACUUCAGUGUAGCUUCUUAGACCCCGCCUCCCCCGGCGUUGGCUACGGUCACAACGUGAAUGAAAGUCAGAUCAACCAGGUGCUGAGAGGUCUCCUGGACUCCAGGAGGAGCUCCUCAUUCAGCAGCGGCUCCCCUCCCCUCCCCCCUCAACCCCCAGGCCUGCGGGACUCUCCUCACCAGCCCAGCCCGGAAGCGGACAUCCGCAUCGUCAUGUGCCUGAUGUGCGGCGACUCGUAUGACAUCGAACAGCUCCUCACCCCGUUCCUGCUGCCCCAGCACUGCAGGCCGACGUCCAACAGCGGGACGUCCGUGAUGCUGGAGCAUACGGUGGGCAGCCACAAGCAGGUGAUCGAACUCUCCCUGCUCUCCUACCACGCCUCCUUCUCCCUGCGCAAGAGCCGGCUGGUGCACGGCUACAUCGCCGUGUACUCCGCCCGCCGCAAGGCCUCCCUGGAGACCCUGUGCGCGUUCCUCUGCGAGGUCCAGGACAUCAUCCCGGUGCAGCUGCUGGCCGUCGGGGACAGCCAGGUCGAGCUGACGGACAGCGAAUCGGCCCGCGAACAGCUGGUCCAGGGGGAGGAGCUCGCCCGGGAGAUCGAGGGCCGCUUCAACAGCGUGGUGUGCGGCUCCGGAGGGGUGGCGGGCGGCCUGCACCGGAUCGAGAUGUUCCAGCCCUUCCUCAUGGAGGUGGUGGAGAAGCGCAACAUCGUGGAGGCCACACACAUGUACGACAACGUGGCGGAGGCGUGCACCAACGAGAGCGUGUACUCUCCCCGCUGUAGCUCCCCGAGCCCCGUCACCAUGUUCCUGGACUCGGAGGACGACGUCGAGGCGUCUCCGCCCUACUACGACGGCACGCUCACCCAUGGCGGGGGCUUCAACCUGCCCGACCUGGACUCGGGUGACGUCGCCGUGAUCUCCGACAUCAGCUCCUUUGAGAACAAACUCAACCACAAGCUCCCCCUCCAGGUGAGGCCCAAGCCCACCGUCACCUUUGACUUCCGGAAGGUGGGCCGUAACCCGUACACGGACACGGUGGGCCACCGUCGGUCCCUGCCCUCGGCCGUGACCUGGGUACCGGGCGGCGACGGAGGCUACGACCCUUCCGACUACGCCGAGCCCAUGGAUGCCGUCUCCAAACCCCGGCCCAGCAACGAGGAGAUAAUCUACUCCGUUCCGCACGACAGCACCCAGGGCAAGAUCAUCACCAUCCGCAAUGCCAACCGGAUGCACUCCAACGGGAACGGCUCGGACAGCGAGGCCGACAGCAGCUCCCUGGAGCGCCGCCGGAAGUUUUCCGCGGCCGGGGUGAAGCCUCGGCUGUACCGCGACCGCUCCAAGCGCCUGGGCAAGUUUAGCAGCUUCCGCAGCAGUUUCAUUGGCAGCGACGACGAGAUGGGGGCCCUUCCCAAGACCAAGGAGGACGAGUUUGGAACCCUGAAAGGAGACGUCCUGGUCAACGAGGAGAGCGAGGACCCCAAAAAAAGAAACAUUCUGAAGAGCCUGCGGCGAACUGCCAAGAAAACCAGACCAAAGCCUCGACCCUCUAUCCCCAAACCCCUGGAGAGCAACUAUUUUGGAGUUCCUCUGGUGAAUGUAGUGUCACCAGACAGGCCAAUCCCACUCUUCAUUGAGAAGUGUGUUCGCUUUAUCGAGACCACAGGCCUGAACACAGAGGGCCUGUACCGUGUGAGUGGAAACAAGUCUGAGAUGGAGAGCAUGCAGAGACAGUUUGAUCAGGACCACGGGCUGGACCUUGUGGACAAGGACUUCGCCAUUAACACGGUGGCCGGGGGACUGAAGAGCUUCUUCUCUGAGCUUCCGGAACCUCUGGUGCCCUGUGUCCUUCAAGUGGACCUCCUGGAGGCCUUCAAGAUCAACGACAGGGAACAGAGGCUGUACACCAUGAAGGACGUGUUGAGGAGGUUCCCCAGGGAGAACUACGACGUCUUCAAAUACGUCACGAGCCACUUACACAAGGUGAGCCAGAUGAGCAGGUUGAACCUGAUGACCAGCGAGAACCUGUCCAUCUGUUUCUGGCCCACGCUCAUGAGACCCGACUUCACCACCAUGGACGCCCUGACGGCCACGCGCACCUACCAGACAAUCAUCGAGUGCUUCAUCCACCAGUGUGCUUUCUUCUUCUACAACCAGCCCCUCAUCGACUCGCCCACGGGGCUCGCCGGACUCCCCGCCUCCCCGACCACCACCCUCACCGGGGGCUCCGCUUACUCCUGCUACCGCUCCUCCCCGCCCCCCACCGCCGCGCACUUCAGCCCCCUGCAGCAGUCGCCCCCCACCACCCCGCAGUCGCCGCUGCAGUCCCUCCUGCCCCCCCUCCAUCAGCACCCCCACCCCCACCACACCCCCGCCGAGCAAGAGACUCUGUGAGAGACACGGGGAAACUGAGCACACAUGCCCAUAAUGCUGGACCUUGGUCACACAUGCGCGCGCACAUACACGCACACGUAACAUGAGACACACAGAAGAAAAAAGAAAAACAACAUGCACUACAUAUUUCAGUCAUGGAUAACAUGAUAGUCAUAAGGUAAUGAAGAGAGGUCUUGAGGAACUUUUUGAAGGAGCUUUACCCGACACGCAACUUCUGACCACUGUGUGCCAGGCCCGGGUACCCUUGUAACGUGACUCCUCCCCCUGGUAACCUGGAAGCUAAAGUUAGAAUCCCCUCACACACACACACACACACCCACCUGGACAAGGUGCACAGUUACAGUAAGCAUCUCUCUGCUAACCUUUUUCUCACCCUCAAGCCAGGAAGUCCACACCUCCAUGUCCUAGCUGGAAGAUGAUGGAUUUGUGCCACCGUGUUUAAAAAGAAAAUUGUGAAUAGUAGUUUUGUGUUUUUGUUUGUUCAUGAAAGUAGCCACUGGAUGAAUGGGCUGUGCCUCUCUUGCAGUGGUGUGGGCAGUGAACAGGCACCACUGGGGAGGAGAGAGCCGUCCUACCCCUGUCCUGUCUGUCUACUGGCCCCCCCACCUGGAGGCACACUAGGCUGUACCCAAGGAGAUGGGUGCAGACAGGGAGGGGGGCGGUUCUCUAUCGGGGUUGGGGGUUAGGGCAUUGGUAGGGAAAUUAUAUUAGGGAAAUGAUGGUGGGGUGGGGGGGCAUCCAGGGACGCACUUUAAUGGUCACUUUUUCUGUCUUUUUAUUUUAAUUUUUUUGUGCGGGUUGUUGGGCCAGAAUGUUUUUUUUUUUUGUGUGUUUUGAGUUCCCAACUCCAGCAGCCAUACCCAUGCCCCUGUGGGGGUCUUGGCAGAUCAAAACUUUGUUUACAUCAAAACCGUUUUUUUUUGUAUCCACAUACUUAUCUGAAGCACUUUUGAAUCAUAGUGUUAAGUUCCGUGAAAUGCGACAUUGGUUACGUUUGUUUUGUGUAAUGGGUCAUAGGGUGUUAAGUGGAGGAAGGCUCUUAAAGGAACAUCUCUUAGGAAUAUUCUGGAGUCUCUUUGCGGAUUGAGAAUUUGCUCCUAUUCCUCUUGUCACUAGGUCAUUUCAGAAAGGUUUAUUUGGGAGGUCCUGUUCAAUGAUUUUCUCUGUUUCCGGACUGGUGGGUGUGAAUAUGGAUCUAGGCUGGUUGGGGUUCUGGAAAGAGGAAGUGAGGUAGGGUUAGGCCAAUCAGACGAAAGCUGCAAGGCUGCCCAGAUUUAGCUUCUCUGGUUUCUGUCAGUGAUAGUCAGUGAUUACAGCAGUCCACGUUGCCAAUGGGAAUAAUUGAAACCUCAGUAACAACCAACAGUUUAAUUGGGAGAGCGGAUAAAACUGGCUAGCCAAUAGGAGACACUGCUGUCUGGUGGCUAUGGAAACCACUGGCUUACUGAAAGAUGAUAGGUUGCCGGAUGUGUUGCUGUGGCUGUCCAGCCAAUUGAGCUCUUUGUACUCAUGUAAUAUUCAAGACCUUUAAAUUGAGUGUUUGUAUUCACGAAGCACUACAGUACAGCAGCCCAGCUGUGUAUCUGUGUAGAAGCAUGCUCAUAGCCACAGAGAGAGAGAGAGCACAGUGGAUAAUUACCAGCUCCACAGAACUUUUGUUUUGUUAAGAGCAACUUGAAAUGAACAACCACACUAUUGGACACCAACAGUACUUGCCCUCUGGAGAUGAAUGAGUGUUGACCUUCGAGGCUUUCAAGUUCGUGGCUGACUGGCGCUGGAUGGUUGUGUCCUGACUCCUGGCAGAAGCGGCGAGUAUGUUCCAGGCUAUGUUGAGGGGAAGCUCUAGGUUUGACAUCAUGGCUCGGGUUUUUUUUUUUUUUUUUGCUGGUACGUUAGGAAAGGGGUGCUUUUAAUGCUGCAGGAAGUUGUCAUAACUUGGGAUCGUUGGGCUUGUGCGAAGUGACUCCUCAGAGGCCAGAGCUGUGCAGUAUUAUCACACACACGUGCGCGCACACACACACACACACACACACACACACACACACACACACACACACACACACACAUGCACCUAAACUGGUGAAAUAGGUAAACCAAUAACCAAACUGUCCCACUAGAAUGUGACUCUGGCUUAGAUUUAUGUGGCUGUAUCACUUCAUAUCUGAGACGACCUUGACAGAUCUGCUGUUCAAUGAAGAAAAAAAACAAAAAGAAAAGAAAAAAGCGAGAGCAUACUAUACUAAAAUGGUUGUUUAUUUGUAUGUUAGGGGGUCUAACACUUUGCCCUUUAGUCAAUGGUAGAAAACAUUUUUAGUGUGUAUUUCAAUGAUUGAAAGUCCAUUUUUACGAUUUUGUGAAUGGUUUAAGGCCACUUAAGUUUAGUGCAUGAUUUAAGAACACGUCAAGGGAGAAGGUUGGACCACUCAUUAUUUUAAAACAUGAAAUUAGUGUGAGGAACAAAGCGAUAACAAAGAACUAGCUUAAAAGUGAAUGAUGGAGUACUGUGCAUCAACAGCAAAACCAUGUCAUUUGUCUGACUGAUAAUGGUGUAUGAAGAUGAAGGCCUUAUGUGAUUUGUAUCAUAGUUAAUAAAUUAAAUCUUGUAAAAUUGUC